AUGCCGGCUGCUUUGGCCCGUGGCAUAACAUAUGCCGCGGUCUUAAAGCAGAUCCAGCAGAAGGUUGAUUUGGCCAGUCUCGACAUCGCUGAGACUCGGGCGAGGCUAAUGGCCACGGGUGGAUACCUUUACGAGGUACCUCGUUUCCGAGUCGGGCCCAGGCCCGACUCGGAAACGAGGGCCAAUACCCUCGCUGAUAAAAUGAGGGAGGUGUUCUGCGGAACGGAACUGGAGGAAGACGUUCGCAUCUCCCGCCCGUUCAAGACUGCAGAUCUGCGUAUAUCCGGGUUGGAUCCGUCCUCCGACCCGGAAAUGGUCGCAGCGGCCCUUGCAAAGGCUGGGAAUGGCGCAGCGAGCGAUUUUAAGGUCGGGGAGAUCCGUCCCGACCAUUCAGGCCUUGGAGCAGUAUGGGCGAGAUGUCCAGCCAAGGUCGCUGACAAAAUAGUCCGGGCAAAGCGCGUCCUGAUUGGUUGGGUAGCGGCACAGGUCCGGCUCCUUGAGCCCCGGCCCAUGCGGUGCUUCCGUUGCCUCCUUAAGGGGCAUGUGCGGAUGCGCUGCACCGAAGAGUAUGACCGUAGCGGAAUCUGCUAUCGCUGCGGUCAAGAGGGUCAUAAGGCCAAGGGAUGCUCCGCGAGCCCGCACUGCGUAAUUUGCGCUGCUGCGAGUAAACCCGCGGGGCACCAUGUGGGCGCAAAGGCAUGCGUCGCCUCCUCCCGCCCCCGUCGCGUUAACCGUGAAGGGGGUAUCGGGGUUGUGACUCCGCCGGACCCGUCCCACCGUGAGACUGCUAUGGAGAUCGCCCAUUAA